AUGGCUUCCACAUCGCAGAAGCCGAAGAAGGGCAUUUUAAAACACUCUGGGAGCGUGGACCACGGUAAAAAGGAGAUAGAAUGGGACGAAAUGAAUAUUCUAGCCACGUACCAUCCUGUAGACAAAGAUUACGGACACAUGAAAGUUGAUGAGCCUCCAACACCGUACAACAGGGCGGCAAUUUCCGACAGCGAGGACGAGAUAACACAUGAAAGGAAAGGGAGCAUUUCAUCUUUGGGUGCUCUGGAUCCUGAUCAGUUAGCUAAAAG